GUUGCGAUUUCUGUUGUACUGCGCAUGCGCUGCUGGUGGACAGCUAUGGCGGCGGUUAAGGAUGCUGGCGGUCCUCAGUGGUCUCUGGAUAUGGAAUCCAUCAGACAGGAAAUACAGAGACAAGACCCCACCGUCAUCUCUGUAAUUGUAGCACUUGUAGUUGUGCUGGUCAGCCUGGUGCUGUGGAAGUUUCUACGUCAGAGGCAAACUAGCAGAAGAGCCAUUUUACUAGUUGGCUUGUCUGAUUCUGGGAAGACUUUACUCUUCAUCCGGUUUUUAACUGGAAAAUUCAGGAAAACACAGACUUCUAUUACUGCCACGUCUGCCGUUUACAGAGGAAAAGGUGACAAGGGCUCCAGUUUUACAUUGGUUGAUAUUCCCGGCCAUGACAGCUUGAGACUUCUGUUCUUGGAGCAAUACAAGGCAGCAGCCAGGGCCAUGGUAUUUGUGGUGGACAGUUCAGCUUUCCAGCGUGAAGUUAAAGAUGUGGCAGAGUUCCUGUACCAUAUUCUAACAGAUGUUACACUGCAGAAGAAUGCCCCACCCAUACUAAUAGCCUGCAACAAGCAAGAUAUCUCUAUGGCCAAGUCGGCCAAACUGAUUCAGCAGCAACUGGAAAAGGAACUGAACACGCUACGUGUCACUCAGUCAGCUGCUCCCAGCACCCUGGAAAGCAGUAUCUCCCCAUCUAACACACAGCUUGGCAAAAAGGGCAAAGACUUUGACUUCUCCCAAGUGCCUAUGAAAGUGGAAUUCCUAGAAUGUAGCGCACGGGACAGCAAAGAGGAAGAGGGAGAUGCCAACCUCAGCAAUGUAGAGGGGUGGCUGGCCAAACUGGUGUGAUGUAUAGAUAUUCGGUGGAAAGCCAAUUAUUUGGGCGCCUUCUCUGACUGAAUCAAAAACCAAAUUUUUCUAGUCUAAACGCUGCUUUGAAACUUUUAAUGACCGCUGGACAGAAAAUGCUCAGUCAAGAGGACAGAACUACCAUGUUCAGUAUGCUGGCUUUUCCUAUUUUUGGACUUUUUUGUUGUGGGCUGAAAUAUUCCUUGUUGAAACCAGUCAGCAGCUUUUUUUUUUUUUUUUUUUUUGCUCUCCUAAUAAACUUUUCCAAAGCAGAAGUAUUAAGCAAAUGA